AUGAAGCUUAUCUCGCUAUCCCCCUUGUUCUUCUACCAGAAAUACUAUUUCCCGCCUGACCUCAGGAAACCCAACAAUUUGUCCGUGAAUUACGAAAAAUACAUUUCUCGGGACCAAACCGUGGACGAGCACAUUGACGCCCUGCUCGAUGCACUAAUCUGUAUUCGGGAUCGUGAGGAACAGCAAGUCUACGACGCCCAAACAACAUCUGUUGAAGAGAGCAAGGACAGCGACAAGGAGAAAAAGGACGAAAUCAAACCCACGAGCUCAACAACUCAGGCAGACUUCAUCUGUUACCGAGGCGUCCUCACCAAAAUCAUGUGUACACCCUAUGCGAGAAACGAGCCUUGGGAACUCGGUGCCACUCUUUACAGAGGGUCAAUAUAUAUAGAGGAGCACGUAUCGCAAGAGAAACGCGAGAAUGCCGCGGGCUCGAAUGACCGCCACAAACUCAUGUCGUACUGGGGCUACCGUUUUGAGACCAUCUGCAAUAUCUCAAAGCCUAUUUCCGAACUACGAACGAUUAAGCAGAUUGAUCCUGAGGAUCCAGAGUUAACAGGAAGACUUGACGGGAUUGUGGACACCAACCUACAAUACUGCACAGUGGCACGGACACGGAUAGGACAGAACAGUGUCAUCAUGGGCGCGGAAGUUGACUGCAUAUCUGAGCCUAAGAAGGCGCUACACAACCCAUUACCGAGCUAUAUAGAACUCAAAACCUCGCGGGUGAUUUCUAAUACGCGAGAACAAAACAGCUUCGAAAGGCACAAGUUGUUAAAAUUCUGGGCGCAAUCUUUCCUACCCGGAAUCCCAACCAUCAUUGUCGGCUUCCGAGACGAUGAUGGUAACGUGGUCAAGGUCGAGACCUUAAAGACCAUGGAGAUCCCACGUCUUGUCCGUGGGAAAGAAGGCGCAUGGGAUACGACGAUAUGCAUCAACUUUUUGGACGCGGUCUUCAAUUUCCUACGCAAGAUGAUCGUGGUUGAUAAUCCCGAGGUCACCUACACGAUCCGCUGGGCAUAUCCAUUCCAGGCCAUCCAAGUCGAAUAUAUGGGCAAAAAGAACCAGUUUUUGACAGAACGCUUUCUCAAACGCUGGAAUUGUCUCACAUAA